CAAAAGACUAAUUUUAAGUUGUAGAUUGUAAUGUAUAACAAUAUAUCCAAUGGAGUUUAUACCACGUGGUCACCUCUUUAGUGGUUCACAUAUCAAGAUAUCUUAUGGAUAAGUACUUUCCUUUUCGGUCUACAAACUUGAUUGGAGCAUGUUUAAUUCUAAUUUUGAUUACGGUGUAUAUAUUUGAUUCUGUGUUCAUGGAUACUGAUAUGUUUUACGAAUGGAGCUCAUCUUAUACAAAUGAUGGAAUGAAUAGGUGGUUCAUCAAUGAAAACAUAUUAACAAAGAAGAGGCUUGUUGGUUCUAUUAAUUGUCGUGCUCUGCUAACAGGACAAAAACGUGAAAUUACCAGGGCAAACAACCUGCAAAACGAAUAUCUAUCCGCUUUAUCGCCUUUUUAUAAUAUCAGUCGAACGCGUGAUUGUAAGAAGUUUCUCCGAGACAGAGGCUACAUUACAUCAACACUUUCCAGCGAGGAAGAAGACUUUUCAAUAGCUUACAGUGUGCUCAUAUUCAAAGCAAUCAAUCAAUUUGAGAGAUUACUUAGAAGUAUUUAUCGACCUCAGAACUUCUGUUGUGUUCAUGCUGAUACAAAAAUGUCCGAUGUACGCCGAAAGGCGCUUGAAACAAUAGUCAAUUGUUUUGACAAAGUGUUCAUGUCAUCUAAAUCGUAUGACGUUCGAUGGGGUAAAAUAACAGUAUUGCAAGCGGACCUAAUUUGCAUGAAGGAUUUACUGAGACAUAAGAAAUGGAAGUAUUUUAUAAAUUUAACAGGGCAAGAUUUUCCAUUAAAAACUAAUCUGGAAAUUGUAAAAAUUCUGAAGGCUUAUUACGGUGCAAAUGAUGUCUCCAUUUCAAAUAAUCAAGCGAAAUUUGCACAUCGAUGGACAAAUAUAAAAUCCUCCCCACCUGUUGUAUUUCCAUACAAAGGUAGUUUACAUAUUACUGUUAAUCGACCAUUUGUGGAGUAUGCCAUUACAAACAAAACAGCCACUCAACUUUUGAAAUGGUUGGUUGGAUCAAUUAUCCCAGACAAAAGUUUUUUCUCCACCCUCAACUUCAAUUCGAAUCUUGGAAUUCCAGGGUCGUUUCAAGGUAAUUUGACCAAUGCUAUGACACUGUAUAAAAGCAUGACAAGAUAUAAAAUUUGGAAGUUGGAUAAAAGUUGUAAUGGUCAAUAUGGACGUGCCAUAUGUAUUCCAGCGGUUGAGGAUCUGUCCAAAAUUCACGGUCGUCCGGAGUUAUUUAUCAACAAGGUCUACUGGGAUUAUGAACAUUAUGUUCUAUAUUGUCUUGAAGAAUAUAUUCGGAAUAGAACUAUCGAUAACAUCCUCGGGAUGAUUAAUCUGAAUAUAUCUGAUUACUCUAGUUUUUAUUUUGUAAAGCAUGCUUUGAGAGUCCACAAUAUAUGAAAUACUAUCCUUCGUGUUUAAUUUCAAAGAUUUGUCAAUAACUUUUAUUGAAACAAGUCAUAUUUUAAUUGCCUUUUUCGAACUGCAAAAAUCUAGACAGAUACCUAGAUAUUUUCAUACAUUAAGGGUUGAUAUUUAUAAUGGUAUAAUGAGGCCUCAUGUAUUAUCUUUUUGAAAUAAAAGAAAAAAAACAUUAUAAAUAUUUAAAGAAAAAAACCUGAUCUGUACUUUUCAGCUAUCCUCAUACGACAUAACUGGAAUAUAUAACGAUAAUAGACUAUUUUCAUAUUAAUUCAGACUUUGACUCAUGACUAUAUAAUUUUUGAUUUUUUUGACAGGUUAUCUACUCUGAAGUAGGACAUUCUGGCACUCGGUCAAGUAAGAUCAACUAAAAGAAGAAAAAC